GACUCAUACAGAGUAGAAGUUUCUUAAACUAGAAACAAUAUGCUGUUCUCAAAUUAUUGGUAAUGUAGGUCACCAACUGCUUCUCUUCCCCCCUCUCAGUUGAUUCAUGCAGCAGUGAAUUCUGAAUAAGAUACAUUAGGGAAGAAGGAAAGUUUUAUUCUGCAACUAUUAGUAAUGAAAUCAAGUUAAGCGUGGAACUGGGGCACAUGGCCUGAUGGAGAAUAAGAUGACAUCGUUAGAAUGAUGAUUACAGCUAACAUUUUAGUGGUAUUAUACAUACUCUUCUGCAAAAUAUGCCAAGUCGUCCUUUCUCAUCAUUGUUCAGCAAUUACAGAGCAAAGCUCUGUGGAGAGUAAACGUUGUCUUCAAACACAUGGGACCCACACUCAGAAGAAGUAUACUAUACAUUGUCCUGGGAAGGUGUGGACGGAACCAGCUUCAACGAUUCAAAUGGGCCAGAAUAUUACUAUAAACUGCCAUUCCGAUAAAGAUGUCUGUCAGAAUUCUAAAAAACGUAUGCGUCUAAAUCAAAGGGAGGUCGAGGACAGAUUGGUGUCGGUUAUAAACAAAACUACAGUUCAACUCCAACUUCAUAAUUAUAACAUUUCAUUUUCCACAGUCAUUUGUUAUACUGUAUGUCCUCCAGAAAAACCCCAAAUAAUAUGCGGAACAGAAUUUUGCGUGGGCCAUUCACCGGACAUGCCAGCCAACUUAACCUGUGUUGUAUAUGAGUAUUCGAAUAAUAUGACAUGCACUUGGGACCCAGGCAAGGACACACAACUAAGCACUAGGUACAACCUAUAUUUGAAAAGUUUUCAGGGAGAAGAAAAUAAAACAUUUCCGGCAAACAAUGCCUCAGGUACCAUCCCUCUGAGUCAAAUGUGGAAAAACAAAACAUUUUAUGUUGGGGUCUACGCUGAAAAUCACUUAGGAACGAACUGCUCAGAAGAACUGUAUGUUCACCUUGAUGAUCUAGUGGUACCAGCUACACCCAUUAUUAUCCAGAUUGUAGACUCUCCAUUAUUUAAGACUACAAUACAUUGGAAAAAGCAAACUGCAAUCAAUGAGACUUAUUGUGAAGAACGAUACAAGGAGAAGACAGGCGAAACUUGGCAGGUUAGAAAAUGGGGUGCUGACUUUAAAAGGGAACAUCAAACUGAGUACAAUUUAGAUGCAUACAUGGAGUAUCAGUUUCAAGUUAGAUGCAAACUAACUCAUGCCCAAAGCUUUUGGAGCAAAUGGAGUGAAUCUGCAGUGCAUAUGACUCCUGAGGCAGAACCUUCUUCUAUACUCGAUGUGUGGAGGUUUCUGGGGCCAGCUUACCCAAAUGGUAGCCAAGAGGUGGUCAUCUUAAUCAAGCCAUUUUUUCCUAAGGAGAGCAGAGGAAGAAUUUUGGGCUACAGGGUGUUCUGUGAAAACCAAGGAGAAAUUGUGGAUUUAUGUAAAACGACAGAAACAAAAUGCCAGGUUUUGGUUCCCCCAGCAGUUACCACUCUCCAUGUGACAGCACAUAAUUCAAAAGGAAGUUCCAAACCGGCGAAUAUUACAGUGAACCAACCUCCCCAUAGUUUCCAUGAUUUCCCACCACCUACCAACAUGCAAAUGGACCGCGAUGAACAGAAAGGGAUUUCUGUUGUAUGGAAACCUCCCCAACCCAUUGGAAAAGUAGUUUUGUGGUACAUAGUGGAAUGGACGUCUGCAGAUUUCAGACAUGGACUUGUGUGGAAAAAAGUCCCCAUCCAAAACACAACAACAUUUAUCAAAGAAAAUGUCAGAAUGGGGCAUAACUUCAACAUUUCAGUGUAUGCUGUGUAUCAAGAUGGCACCAGCAAGGCCUGCUCCAUCCCGACAUUGCCGGGGAAAACUCAAGACACAUAUAAUGGUCCAGGAAAUAUGUUUGCGGUUACCAACGAUGAUGGUGAUGAUGGUGGUGGUGUUCUGUGGGGAACUGGCUUUGGAAUGUUCUUCUUGUUUAUAAUUAUUUUGAGUUUGAUUGCUACAAACAUUAAGAGGGUUAAAACAGCAUUUUGGUCGAUAACACCGAAAUGGCUUUUUGAAGAUUAUCCUAGAAUGCAGAACAGCAGUGUGAUCAAAUCACUUCAGGGGGAAAAUGGUGGCAUAACACACAAUUCCACUGGGUUGUUCAUCGAUCAUGAGGAUGCUGUAGUAACUGAAGUGGAGGAGACACUGGUACACAAGGAGUAUAAGGUUGUAGAUCAUAAAGAGGAAACUAGAGAAGUAGUUCUGGAUAACGUUAACAUUCCAGAAGACAGACUGUUUGUUGGCAAUUUGGACACGACGGAGGAAAAUGGCUACAAACCUCAGAUUUCCAGCCCAGCAGUCUUACAAGACAGUACUAAUGAAAUACAUUCUCAAAGCCCAGAUAAAAAACCAAACACCCCAGCUUUCCCCGAUAGUAGUUUAAUAAAAGAUUUCCCAAGUCCCAUGGCUACCAUAUGGCCUAUUGUUGGUACCAAUGAAAACACAUUUUUAUUUGAUAAAAUCAGUCUUGUUUUGAACAACAGUAAAAGUGGACAGAGCAACAUGGUCAGCUCAACAGAUGAAGAGCCACAUACACCAACAGACAACCAGUGGAAGCCCCUACUUUCAGAUGAAGAUAUUCAAGAACAGACCUUAAUACCAGAUGAACUUCUGUCUUGCUUAAAUGCUGUGAAUGAAGAUUCUUCCGAUAUAAUGUCUUACUUUCCUCAAAACGUUGCAAAGUGACUUUCUUAUUAGGACUGAAUAUAAGGUUUUUGCAACCAUGACAAAAUUCUGCAUUUUCAAGUAGAAUAACUCAAAGUAUCCUCAACAUUCUCAGUUCUCGUCCAAUUUAAAAAACAAAACAGCUGCAGUUGCAACCAUAGCAUUAAUUUCUCAUGCCACUUUCUUACCUUGAGAUGAGACCAGAAUGCCAUCUUGUGAAUCCUCUUCUAAAAGGCAAAAUAUUUCAUCAUAUGAGCCUAUCAUGGUUAUCAGCUGCAUCAACUGCAGGGUUUCCAGCCAAGCAACUGCACAGCAAGUAACUACAGAUAACCCAAGUGAGCCAAAGCCAGGUAAAGGCAAAGAUAUCUCAAGAUCCCUAUAGUCUUGCUGAAGGAAAAAUUAUUCACAAUUAUGAUGAACAGCAAGAUAAGUGUGACCCAAAACAAGACAUGGAGAAAUUUUUAUUUGGUUACAAUUCCACCAUACCUGACAUCUUGUCUCUAUAGUUGUAUCAGUUUCCAAUGCCACCAAGAAGGGGAAGAAUCUAAUUAUGAGGCUCCCUGCCCCCAGUUUAUCAAACUGUUGAUAAAAAAUGUUUCUAAUAGGGGUCUAUUCCUUUCCAGCUGCAAGCGCCUGUUCUUCUGCAGUUGCCCAGUUGGCGUUGACCCAUGACGGGGCCUUUUCAAUGAUGGUUCCCUGUUUGUGGAAUUCCCUCUCUAGUGAGGUGUUUCUGCUUCCAUCGUCAUUAACUUUCCAGAGGAAUUUGAAAAACAUUCCUCUAUACCCAGCCAUUUGGUGGCUGCAGAAUACUGCCAUGAA